AUGUCCUCAGCACCUUCAGGACAAAGAGCCGCCGACGCAAAUUUUGGCGCUCGUUACGAUCCUUGGAAUGCCUCUUCCACUGGCCACCAACGUAGCGAGAACCAGUCAGGGCUUGCAGGAUCUACAGGAUGGAGGCAGUCAAGGAACGUGAAGCUACACCACCAGCUGAUAAGCGGGGCCACUGGCGGAAAACGGAUAUCUGAUACAGUGGGAGUUGGCUCUGAGGAUUACGAUGAGAAGGCGGGGGCUUUGAUACCGAAAGCCGUAAGGCAAAGGGCGAAAUUCAACGUGAUGGAUAUGGCUGCCGGGAGGAAAGCAAAUGCAUCCCCAACCGAAGAGGGAAAACUUACGGCCCGGAGAAAGGAAGCAGAUGUCUCCAAAGGGGAACAGGCACUAGAACGGCGCAAAGGCAUUUUUGACGGGCUUGUGAUCUACAUCAAUGGUAGCACGCACCCAUUGAUCUCGGACCAUAAACUCAAGCACGCUCUAGCUGAGAAUGGAGCAAGGUUGUCGAUGCACCUUGGGAGAAGAGAUGUCACGCAUGUUAUCCUUGGCCGCCCUUCUGGGUCUCAACGUUCUGGAGCUGGUGGUGGACUCGCGGGGACAAAGCUUCAGAAAGAGAUAAAGAGGGUUGGGGGUUGCGGCCUCAAAUAUGUUGGUGUUGAAUGGGUCCUUGAGAGUUUGAGGCUUGGAAAGAGGCAAUCCGAAACUCAAUUCUCAAACCUGAAGGUUGCUGCGAAAGGACAGCAAAGUGUCUAUAGCAUGUUUAAGAAGACAACCACGGAUUCAGGAAAUACCGAAUCCACGUGCACUGGGAAUAUUCGGCUGUUGGUGGCGUUUGGUUAA